AUGGCUGAAACUCGUUGGAGUGCGAUAGACGUCCCUUGCAUUAUGUGUAUUAAAAACAUUUAUAAUUGUAAAUAAAAAACUUAGUGCAAGUGCUGUAUCGUCCUUUGUGUGUUUGUUGGUGUAUGUUUUGUGAAUUGAAGUGAUAACAUUGUGCUAACCACCCUACGGAGAUAAGUUUUGUGUGUUUUGUGCCUUGUUUUCACGAAGAACAUCACAUUGCUUUCGUUAUUGGAUUUAUGUUUACUUGGAUACGGUGAUGCUGGGCGGGGCGGUGGGAGCGGGCUCGCCGACCGGCGACGAUCUGCUCACCGUCACCGUGGCGCGCGACGAGCACGGCUAUGGGAUGAAGGUGUCAGGUGACAACCCAGUGUACGUGCAAUCGGUGAAGGAGCACGGCGCCGCGUGGCGCGCCGGCCUGCGCGCCGGCGACCGUAUCCUGCGCGUCGACUCGAUACCGGUGCACCACCACACGCACCAGCAAGUCGUGCAUAUGAUACGAGCAAACCCAACGACAGUGUUGACAGUACAACAGAACAGCUCCAGACAUAAAACACCCAUAACCGCCCCAGUGCCUGUUAACCCAGAAAAACAGCGCCAAUUGGAAGUAUCAAAAGUACACACGGUACGGCUGAUGCUGGAGCAGGAGCAGAAGUACAUACGAGAUCUCAAAAAUUCACUGCUAAAAGUGCCAGAUGUGAGGAAACAGGCGCUGCUGGAAUCGGCCGAACAACGAUGUUCGAUACUACAGCACGAGAUAGACACAAUCAUGGCGGGGCAGACGGACAACAGAAAUAGCGUGCCCGUGAUGCACGUUCGAAGUCAAUCGUCGCCGGAGCAUUUGGACCACGAGUUGCCUAAGGGUGGAGGCGGCGCGGAGAAGGAGGCGUGGUCGCGCGGCACGUCGCCGCCCGGCACGCCGCCGCCGCCCUACCCGCACUCCACGCAGCCAUGUACGGAUCCACAGCGAGCGAUAAUAUCGAUGGAGGAAGACGAUUCGCCAGCGUCUGACAGCUCGACGUACUCGGGGCUGUUCUCGAACCUGCGCACGGUGCGCGACUCCAAGGCGCGGAUGGCCGUCCUCAUCAACUGGCUGCUGGGCGAGAGGCGGUGCGCGUGCGCGGCGCUGGUGCUGGUGCUGACGGACGCGUACCGCGCGGCGGCCGGCGCGCCCGCCGCGCUGCGCCGCUGGGCCUACGAGAUACACUCCGUCUUCCUCAUGCCCAACGCGGUGCUACAGUUGAACGGAGUGGAUGAAAAUAUGGCCAACGAAAUUGAGCACGUGCUUGUUAACGAAUACGAGAAGGAGGAGCUCCUCCGCAACGUGUUCCGCAAGGCGCGGCGGCAGGCGAAGGACGAGCUCGCCAAGCAGCUGUCCGAGUUCCAGGGCAAGCGGCGCCUCGGGCUCGCCACGCUGUACGGGCCCGACGACGCCACGCUGCAGCGCUGCGACGUCGACAAGGCGCAGGAAGUGGUGGUGGUGGAGAGGAUAAUGUGCCAGCGGCUGCGAGCCGUCGCGCAGGCGGGGCCCGGCUGCCCGUGCGCCGCGGGGCCCGGCGGCAACGCGGGCAGUGGGGGCAACGGGGGCAACGGCGGCAGCGGGGGCUCGCCCGAAGCGCAUUCAGCGUUGCUGGCCGCGUUGGUCGCCGCGGCGCUGUGUUUGCACUGCCGGCCGGCGUCGGUAGCGGCGGCGGUGGGCGGCGCGCGCGCGGCCUUCCUGCAGCGCGACAAGCUGUACAAGCAGCGCGUCAAGCAGCUCGCCAAGCAACAUCCGCAGCCGUACGUGGUCCGCGGGCACCACCUGCAGCUGCAGGCGAUCACGUCGCUUGCGCACUGCCACCACUGCGAGCUGCCGCUCGCCGGCCUCGCGCCGCAGGCCUACGUGUGCACCGACUGCAAGCUGCGCGUGCACCGCGGCUGCGCGCGCGCCGUGGAGGAGGGCUGCUGCCUCGACGGCGAGCACGCGCACACCCGCAUCUCGCGCUUCAUGGAGCGCAUCCACCCCACCGCGCCCGGUCAAGAUUCCGCCGACAAGAAAUCGAGGAAGUCAUCGGGCACCGCGAAUUUUCUUAACAUGGAAAGGAGUUUCCGCAAAAUGGAAGACGAACCGAACUGGGACCAGACCCUCACGCCGAUACCGAAUCAAGGAGAAUCGCGAAGGGAGGGAUCUACUGAGGAGCAAUCGGCGCCGGAUGUCGACAACGAUGCGAGCGAGAAUAACGCGAAGGAAGUGACAGAGAAGGAGAACAAGUCCGCGUCCAGCAGCUGGCGCAGCGGCGGCGCGGGCGCGGGCGCAGCGUCGCGCGGCGUGUACCGCGCGGAGAGCUGCCGCGAGCGCGACGCGCCCCGGCGCGGCAAGCACCGCAACGCGUCCGACCCGAACCGCCUCACCGCGCACCCCAGCCAUGACUUGGAGCCAGGUGCGGCGACAGCGCCUUCCGGCAGCUCGAGCAGUUCGAGUUUGUCGUCUAGAAGCAACGAGAGCAACACCGUCGCAGCCGAGCAACAAGACUGGUCGGAGGAGGAGGAGCCGCUGGCGGCGCAGUGGGCCGACAGCCUGCCGCCCGCCGUGCGCGACAGCGUGCUGCUGUGCGCCAGGCUCAGGAAGCGGCAGGAGGUCAUACACGAGCUGAUCGUGUCGGAGGGGUCGCACGUGCGCUGGCUGAAGGUGCUGGGCGGCGACUUCCUGCGGCCGCUGGAGCGGCAGCCGGCGCUGCUGCCGGCGGAGGAGCUGCGCGCGCUGUUCCCCAACCUGCCGGCCGUGCGCGAGCGCCACGCGCGCCUCUACGCCGAGCUGCGCGCCGCCCGCGCCGCCGCGCCGCGCCUGCUCGUGCCCGUGCGCGCCGUCGCCGACGUGCUGCUCAGCACGCUCGGCGAGCCGGGCUACGCGGGCUGCCUGGCGCGCUUCUGCCGCGGGCAGCGCAUGGCGCUGGAGGCGCUGCGCGAGCGCCGCCGCAAGAACAAGGAGCUGCACCAGUUCCUCGCCGGCCGCGAGCAGCUGCCGCGCUGCGGCCGCCUGCAGCUGCGCGACCUGCUCGCCUGCGUCUGGCAGAGAUUAACAAAAUACCAGCUGCUGCUCGAAAGCAUCCUGAAGACGGUGGUGGAAGAGGAGGUAACGCCGGAAGCGGCCGCCGCCGGCGCCGCGGCUGCGGGCGCGGACGGCGAGAGCGCGGAGGACAUCGCGCAGCUGCGGCGCGCGCUGGCCACCGCCAAGGAAGUGCUGCACACUGUCGAUACGGCUAUCAGAACUGCGGAGAACGAGCACAGACUAAAGACGAUCCAGAGCAAGCUGGAGGUGCGCGCGCCCGUGGGCGGCGAGUGGGAGGAGCUGCGCCGCCUCGACCUCACCGCGCACGCGCUGCGCAUGGAGGGCGAGCUGCUGCUGCGCACCGACGCCAAGAAGUGCGGCGUGCGCGCCCUGAUGCUGGAAGACAGCCUGGUGUUGCUGCAGCGCGAGGCGGACCGGUUCCUACUGAAACCCAUCGCUCAGCCCUCGCAGAAUACGCUGCUGUCGCCGCUUAUUAAAUGGGACAAGGUGCUGUUCCGGCCGAACGCCGCGAUGCGCAACACUUUCUUCCUGAUGAACAUCAACGGGAUACAGAUGCACGAGCUGUCCGCCAACACCGCCGCCGAAUACGCCACGUGGGUGCGGCUCAUACAGGAGUCGCCGCUGGCGCGCCUCGCCGAGACCAAGAGCGCCGCGCACCAGCACACGCGCUCCGCCGACGACUCGGGCAUUAACGUGUCCAGAAAUCCGUCUGAUGCAUCAGAGAAGUCGACGUCGAGCGCGCCGCCCGACGACGCGGGCGACAGCGAUAGGGAGAAGUUGGACAAGUUGGACAAACUGGACAAAAUGGACAAAAGCGACAAGGAAGCGGAGAAGGAGAGCCAGGAGAGGAGCUCGCUGGAGAGGGAGAAGGCGUCGAUGGAGGGAGAGGAGGUGAAGGGAGAGCGAGAGCGCUCGGCGUCGGAGGAUAAAGAUGAUAGUGAAGACAAGCACAGAAGGCGCGCGACGGUUGGCCGCAUCACGACGCACAUUCCGGAGCCCGAUGGCGAAGCCCUGGAAGAGAGCGACGCGUUGGUGAUCCGCCCUCCGCUGCGGGACGUGCCCACCGCGCAGCGCGUGCUGUCGCAUAGCGAGCGGCUGCGGCGGCUGGACGCGGCCAUCGCGCGCGCGCUGAGCGCCAAGAGCGCCGUGGUGGGCGAGCUGCUGGGCCUGCCGCCGCGAGCCUUCGCGCACCUCGCCGAGCUCGCCGUCGCCGACACGCUGGGCCACGACGAUCUUAGUGGUGAUCUUAGACCAAACGAGAUGUCGGUGGAAAGCGAGCCAGACAUACACCAGCUGUUGUUGGCUGCGCAAGCGCAAGCAAAUCAAUUGACGGAGAUGCUAAGCAGUGCGCUGUCGAUAAGCGAAGCGACCGCGAUGCGGGUGCGCAGCGGCCGCUGCGACUCGUGUCGCGCAAGAGACGCCAGAUUUAAUUCGAGUGAAGCGCCAGACACGUCAAUGUCGAUGGAUGAGAUCGCUGACGGCGAGUUUCCCAGAGAGAAUAAUAAGUUGAACCAGUCGCAGUCGCAGCCGCAGUCGCAGUCGCUCGACGCGUCGUUCGACAUGUUGCCCGACGCGUCGCAAGAGAUACAAGAACCUGACAUUGACAGUUAUUUAGCGGCGGACGGGGCCGGGGCGGCGGCGCUGGCGGCGCGGCUGGCGGGCGUGUCGGGCGGGCUGCAGGCGGCGCUGGGCCGGCUGGUGGCGGCGCUGCCCGCGCUGCACGCGCAGCGCGCCGCGCUCCGCCACGAGCUGGCGCUCAGCCGCGAGCGCGAGCAGCGCGCCCGCGCCGAUAAACGAAUGACGGAGGAGAUGUCGAUCCUUAAGGACGGCGUGGACCAAUCAAUACAGGACCAACCGAGCAACGGCGGCUGACUUCGCGAGCGGAGACCAAACAAACGCUAAGCUGACGAUAUUCCGACCAAAAAGCUGGUCUCGGACAUUUGUGUAUAACGCCAUCUCGCGGACAAACAAACAAACAAAGAAACAUUUCAAUUCCACCAGACACAACAACGGGACAAGAGCCGAUAUCGAAUAAUCGAUCGGAUUGUAUAUUUUGUAAUAAUUAUUAUUAUUAUUUUGUUACCCUUUUUGUAAGUAAUGCGUAGUAUUAAAUAUAUCAUAUUCCAUACGUAAGUUGUGAUGAUAACUUGUAUAGAGAAAAAUCGAAACGUUUAUUAUUCUGUCUCGCAAUUUUUUGUUUAAGUUAUAAAUUUUGUAAAUAAUGUCGUGUUUUUUUAUUCGUUUUAAUUGGACAGCCGCGUGUAUAGCUUCGAUCGGAAAGUAUUAUUGGACAAUAUGAGAUACAAUAUAUAAAUACUAUUUAUCGUAGGGGCUUUGCUAUUCCAUUCGGAUUGAAAAUCAUGUAACGCAAUCGAGUUUUGUAGUCAUUUUUAUCGGUAUACAAUUUGUAGUCACUUGUAUACAUCGUCCGUCACUUGUAUACAAUGUUUCGACGCUUGUAUACCAUAUUUUGAGAGCGGUAUACACAUUUCUGACACAUUUAUAACUCGGUGCGCCCCCGAAUUGACUUUGAACGGCUGUAAUUCCAUAAAUGAAACUUUGUUACGUCGAUAGUUUAAGUUUGAAGUGCCCACAACACAGUACCUUUAAUAUGCCAUAUUCUGUUAAUAAAGUUAUGAGCUGUUUGAUUUUUAAUAAAAAUUUUAUGUUAAAUGCGUAGUUUGUUGUCCCAUUGUAGUAGUUCAAGUUGGCUUCUAUGAUAACUGUUUUACCAGCUGCACUAAAUUUGUCAAGGUUUUUUCUUAAAUUAAACAGUAAGUUAGAGAUUUGAGUCUCUUCAACCGUUAUUAGAGAAAUGUUUGGAAAUUGCACACAGAUUGUGUUUAAUGUUAUUUUUUAUUCGGGAAUGAACAGCUUGUGAGGAUUAAAUAAGAUAUAUAUAUAUAUAUAUAUGUGUAACUCGGAGCGCGGUGACGCCGCGCCCGACAGAGAUAUAUUUUGUACCGUAGGCUAGUUUCACACCAAAAACCAUCCAUUUUUUAACACUUUUUAGGCUCUGCGCACAUUUUCAGUUUAUGCGAUUUUUAUUAAAUCUAUAUUUAGCAUUGUCACUUUUGGACUAUUCAAUUUUAAAUCGAUCUAUAAAAUUAAUUAUGGAUAGUUAGGGGAAUAUGUUCUUAGAACUAGUUAUAAAUACACACCGGCGACUUAAAAGUCGCAGAUCCUGUACACGUAGGCGACUUAUUAAAUAUUUAAAUGUCGUUUAGCAAAAUUAUUCAAUACUUGUUGAUUAUAAUGCGUAAUUUAUAUUAUUCGUGGCUUAGAAUUGAAUUCUAUUUAAAUUUGUCGUCGUUGGAUUGGGGAUGUGCGUAGAGACGCUUGCACGAGCUUUAUAUACGUAUUGGGCUUUUAUAAAUAUUGUAUUUUGUACACUCGAAUAUAUAUCUUACAUGUUAACUAAAUUUCGGGCUUAGCGCAUGUGUAGCGACGCUGAAAAUUAGAUUUUUCAUAAAACAAAUAAAAUAAAUUCGUGCAUUUCUAAGAAUUUUACUCAUAUUUUGAGGCUCUUUAUUGCAACUAGAUCAAAUUAACUGAAAGUUAAAUUUUGGUAUUUUUUGACCGACUUAUAGUCGCACGGUGUGCGCUAAGCCUUAGGUGUAUGUAGGAAAAAUUUAAUCUAUAUUAAUCAUUCCCUUAUUGAAUAUUACUUUUUGAUGUAUUUAUUAAAUAUAAAUUGUUAUGCUUCUAUCGGUUUAGGCUUCAGUGUAUUCACCGUGUUUGUAUGUAUGACCGUCGCAACCUACAUGCACCUCGCAAGCGCUUUCACAAUAAACAAAUGUACUAAAUAUUAGUAGUACCAAUAAAUACCGUUAAAUUA